AAUCGUUGCACACACAUCAUCGUCCACAGCAGUCGGCGAAGCACUAAAAACCCCAAUUGCUUAAACCCUAACCGGAAACUCUCUCUCCGCCGUCACUCAUGGCGUUCUUCGACCUAAGCAUCCCCUACAGCUACCCAUCCCCAUCAGGCGGGAAAGAAAUCAUCGUCCCAAACAAACUCCGCGUAAAGCUCGCCACGAAAGCCAUGGAUCUCGGCUACGUCGGGAUCGCGCACAACCACUCGAUCGAAGGCGCAAUGUCGGAGAAAGACUCUUGCACGAUCCCUCUUCUCACCCUCGGAUCUCUCGUCAAAGCCGCUCCGCGACUAGCUUUCUCCGUCGCGUUCCACCGCGACCUACUCAACGCCCCUCGAUCCACUCCGUUUCGGCAGUACACUCGCGUCACCGUGAAACUCGAGAGUAAGGCUCAGUGCCUGGGGCUGAACUCCGGGAACCCGGUUUUGAAGAGCUACGAUAUCGUUGCGGUUAGGCCGAUGAAUCAGUACGCGUUCGAUCAGGCUUGUGCGAAAGCUGAGGUUGAUGUUAUCUCGAUUGAUUUCUCGAAUUUGCAGUUUCGGUUGAUGCAUCCGUUGGUUAAAGCUGCUGUUAAGCGUGGGGUUUACUUUGAGAUCAAGUACUCUCAUCUCUUGAGCGAUGCUGAGAAGAGGAGACAAGUUAUAUCCAAUGCCAAGUUACUAGUGGAUUGGACUAAGGGGAAGAAUCUGAUUAUAUCGAGUGGUGCUCCUUCAGAAAAUAAAGGUCCUCCUUCAGUCACGGAACUUAGAGGUCCUAACGAUGUUAUUAAUCUCAUGUCAUUGCUUGGACUCUCUAGUGAGAGAGCCAGAGCUGCCAUUUCAGUGAACUGUAGGAAUAUGAUAGCCAAGAUUUUAAAGAAGAAGCGGUUUCACAAAGAAGCUGUCAAGGUUGAGUUGCUUUCUUCUAGUGAAACCUUUAGCCUUGAACAGCCUCUGUCUGGAGAUUGUAUGAAAUGGGAUCCUCUUUCGAGCGGCGAAGGUGACUUGCUUUUGGAAGAUCUCGCAAAGGCUUUUGAAGCUACCACACGUCCUGUGGCGCACAAAGCGUUUGAUUUCACCUCUGAUCGUAAUGGCUUGCCGUCACGUGGUUUCCGGAUCGGUAAUAUUCUAGGAACUGAACCUUUGACUCAGCCACUUGCAGCUAAGAUUAUUGACGCACGAGUUCUCUGUAAGAAUCAAGUCUCUGAAGUGUGUAUGGCUGAUUCAGUUUCAUGUGAUGAUAAUCUCGGGGAAAACGAAACAAUUAGCCAAAUUGACAUGCUGGUUUCUGAAGAUGACCACAUAGUGGAACCUACAACGAAUGUCCCACUGUCUAGCCAGGGACAGGAAGUUUUGGUGCAAGAUGAAGCAGCUGCAUCAUUUUCAUUGAUAAGAUGUACAGAGUCAGAUGCAGCUUCUGAUGUUAACAUGCAGACUGAGUUGGAUUCUGAAGAUAAAUCAAUGUCGCCAUCAAAAAGUGAUCACGGGAUCCAACAAAGUCAUGUUGAAAACUUAAACAUGGAAACUAUUGGUGUUGAUGAUGAAGUCCCAGUGGACGGAGUCAACAAAGAAGGAGCUGGGUUUUGUCAUGCUAAUAUUGAGCAACCUACAUCCACUGGUGUUGAUGAGAUGAAAAUCGAUGAAGCAAAUCACGACAAGUACAUGGAGGUGACAGUGGAAGACCAGAAGCAUGAAACAGGUGACAAUAAUAUUAUUCUUCCUACCUUAUCCUCUUCUGAGACUACCGAUUUGCUAAGAGAAUCGAGUAACUCUCUCAGUCCAGAGGCGGUUGGACAAGACCUUGACCAAGUAUCAAGGUUAGAGUCCAGUGAGGCAGAGCUUGGGGAAGAGCCAUCUGUUCAAUACGAGAUAACAAUGGAAGACAAGAAGGACACGGAAACUAAUCAACAAGCCCGUGUCAAGUCCUCUGAAAGAAACAAUUCCAGAAACUCAGGUAAGGUACGAGCUAAGAGGAGUUGGGUUAGAUUAACGCAACUACAACCUUUGAAGCCGUUUCUACUUCAACGUUUCAAACGAAUUAGUAAAAGAAGAAAACAUAGAAGAGCUUGAUGAUCCUUAACUUAAACGCUAGAGAAGUUUUGUUCAUUGAUUUAAACCCACGCAAGUCUUGUUGUAUUAUUGUUGUACUGAUCUUUAAAGAUAAGAGAAAAAUUAUAAAGUUUAGAGUUGGUUUCA